AUGUCGCUGCUCAAGGCUUUUGGUCAGGCGCUUCAGCGCUCUGUUGAAGUCGCUCGAGAUGAGACCGCAAAGAUGAUGCGCAUGGAGAUCUCUCCAACGUCCAAGAAUCAAGGAGCACUGCUCAUCUACGCCAUGACGCAGCCGGCGCACCUGUCGAACUUUGCGACCGGCUCGGAUUCGGACAUCGGUGGUCUGUCGCAGUGUCGGCUGGGAUUGGACGAGUCGUCGCGAGGACGCUUCUACGGCACGCUCUCAUCGCAGGUGCCUCGUGGUGGCAAGAUUGAGAAGAGUGGAUAUGCGGGCUUCCGCAACCGCAACCGCCCCACACUCUUUGGCAACCAGUGCUGGGACACGACGGUGCACCCCUACCUCGCCCUCCGCGUCAGGAACAGGCUCGCCAAGAAGCCAAUCGCCGGCGCUGACAAGAGCGAGCAUGCAGACGCCGGUGCGGGUAGCGGCCUGCGUGCGGCACUCCACGCGAGCGGGCCUUCGGGACCCGCUACCAGCCGUGCGGUUCAUGCGCUCGGCCUUGGCAGGAAGGAGCUGCCGGGCCCCAAGUUCUUUGUCAACAUCCAGACCGACGGACCCGUCACGAGCGACCUUUUCCAACACCGCCUGUACCUCGACGAGAGCAAAGGUUCCAACUGGCAGACAGUGAUCAUUCCGUUCAACGACUUUGUGCUCACCAACACGGGCCAGGUGUCCAACUCGCAGGUGUCGAUGAUGCGCGAGAAGAUCCGCACCGUCGGCAUCUCGUCGGUGCUCGACGUGCCCGUGCCACCGUCGGCGUCUAAACCGCCGAGCAAGGACGCAGCUCCCUCUGCGCUCUCCCGAAACUCGCGCGAGUCCGAACAGGAAGAAGACGACUGGGCGGUGGAUGGCGACCUUCGCGCGGACGACAACCUCGACUCAGCCCUGCGAGGCAGCAAGAGGGGCGCAACUUUCAAUUUUGACCUCGGCGUCGAGAGUGUCUAUGCUGUGGGAGAGCUGGAGGAGCUCGACGGCCUGUUCCAGCAGUAA